AUGAAAUAAAUAUUAGAUCUACAGAGACUUAUUGCCUUUAGACAUAAUAUGCAUUAAAAUCCUGAAGCAUCUUUAAAGGAAUUCCAAACUCAAUAAAGAGUGAGAGAAUUCUUGCUUACUUUAAAUAUUCAAGAAGAUGUUAUUAAAGUAUGUGGAAAUACAGGAUUAAUUGUUGAUCUAAGUGGUAAUGCAGAAAAGGUUGGAGAAGAUAGAUUAAUUGCAUUCAGAGCAGAUAUUGAUGCAUUAGUAUUGAAUGAAGCUAAUGAACAUUUACAAUAUAGAAGUACAAAUGGAUGUGCUCAUAUGUGUGGACAUGAUGGGCAUACAACUUGUCUUUUAGCUUUUGCAUAAAUCUUUUAACAUUAUAAAGAAACAAUACCUAAAAAUAAAACAGUUAGAUUAUUAUUUUAACCUGCCGAAGAAGAUUAUGGAGGAUCUGUUGAUAUGAUACGCGAUGGAUGUUUAGAUAAUGUAUAAGAAGUAUAUGGAUUUCAUUAAUGGCCAACAGGAAAGAUUGGAUAAGUAUGGUGUAAAGAAGGAUCAAUGAUGUCUUAACCAAUAUAGAUGCAAUUUGAUUUUAUAGGUAAAGGAGGUCAUGCAUCAGAACCCCAUAAAUUUAAUAAUCCUGUUUAAUGUGCAGCUGAAUAUCUCUAUACUAUUAAUAAUUAAUUAAGUUAAGAGAAAGGACAAUUUACUUUUGCAUGGACAUGUUUUAAUGGUGGAACAGCUUUUAAUGUUAUACCAGAUACAGCUUCAGUAAAAGGUAUGAUUCGUUCUUUAGAAUCAGGUUUAGGAGAUAGAUUAUUUAAAGAAGUAUGAUAGAUAUAAAUUAAUAUAAAUUAGUGUUGUAAUGUUGCUGAGAAAACUUGUUAGAAAUAUAGGUGUUAAGUAAAAGUUUAAAGAAUGGCAGAAAAUUAUCCAUUAACUGCAAAUCAUUAAAAAGAAGCAUAACAUAUAUUGAGAUUAGGUGAAAAAUACUUUGGUGCUGGAAACGCUCAUGCUGGUCCUUGUCCUGUUUAUGCAUCUGAAGAUUUUGGAAAUUAUACUCUUAAAGUACCAGGAGCAUUCUUCUUUUUGAGUUCAGGAAAAAAGUAAUUUAUUCAUAUAUAUUUAAUAGUGAUACAAAUAAUCCGAUGUUACAUUAAUCCAAUUUUGAUUUUAAUGAUGAUCUUAUUGAACUAGGUGCUGGAUUUUGGUGGGAGAUUGCAAAAGAUCGUCUAUUAAUAUGAAUAAC